ACAAUCACGUCGUCGUCGUCCUCGUAGUCGUCGUCGUCGUCGCCGCCGCCGCCGCCGCCUGUCGUUGUCGCGUUAUAUCUCGAGACGGUUAUCGCGGUUCGAUCGUUUUCACAACGCCGUAAUAUUAAUAAUAUUUAUUUUCGUAUUUUCGUAUUUUUAUUUUUUGUUUGUUUGUUUCUAUCGAGUACGCGAGAAAACAAUAAUUAAAAUAUCAAAACGAUUUGACUGACACACAACGAUAACUCCGUGUCGUCGUCGUCGCCGCCGCCGCCACCCACUCGACUGCGUACGACGCGACGCGUCCUCUGCCCUUUUCACACCGGCGCCACACGACCCGUCGUUUACGACACAAUCAAAACCGCAGACGGCCCGAGACAGCUCCCGUCCGUCUGCCGCCGCGUCGUCAGCCGAUGUCAACUGCAGCACGGCGCUGUAGUCACGACGCCGCCGUGGUCGGCAGCCGACGUCGCCGCCGCCGAAUCUGUUCCGCCGCCGGUUCGCCCAGGACUACUGGUUGUAGUAGCCACCACCGCCGCCGCCGCUGUCGUUCCGACUGAACAUCUGACCGACGACUGCAAACUGUACGGGGUGUCAUCGACAUCUUAUGUGGCCAAAUAGCCUGUCAUCUGGAUGCAGCCAGGAGAGCGGCGGAGAGUUGGGCGGUUUCCCUGCUACUGCCGCGGCCGCAGCGUUCGCCGCCGCGGGUGGCUCGGGCGGCGCGCCGCCGUCACUAGGCUCAUCCAUGCAGGCCGCCGCCGCUGCGUACCACCUCAAGACUUCUGCGGCGUCUUCGCCGUACGCCAGCGUCAACAGCAUCGGGCUGAUGGACUCGCUGCAGACCAGCAUGGGCUGUUACCCGACAGCAGCUGGCCAGAACUAUCACCACCAUCAUUCCACUACGUUGUCCCUGUUCAAUCACCGUACACAACACAAUUACAGCACAAAACUUGUGGACUGUGUUGGAAACCCAAGAAAGCAGCGGCGUGAACGAACCACAUUUACCCGGACGCAGUUGGACGUGCUGGAAACAUUGUUCGCCAAAACUCGAUAUCCGGACAUAUUUAUGCGUGAAGAGGUGGCCCUGAAGAUCAACUUGCCCGAAUCAAGAGUACAGGUGUGGUUCAAGAACCGGAGGGCCAAGUGCCGGCAACAGGUGAAACAGAACCAGCAGCAGCACCACAACGGCACGGGAACGGACAAGACUGCGUCGUCUAGAAACAACUCGACCGGCAACAACGGGCCGAAAUCAUCGGGUAAAUCUUCGGGUGGCGGUGGAAACGCACCGGUCAACAACAACAACAAAAUGUCACCGACAAUAAACGGCGGUGUGGGCGGUGGUGGCGUGGGCGGCGGCGGCGUAACGAGUUCGACGGCCGGCAACUCGCCCGUGUCCACUGGCACCUCGCUGUCGUCCAGUCGGCAGUCGCCGCCCGGCGGCGGUUCGUCGUACAUUAAGCCGAUACUGAGCGGCACGCCGCCCAUACAACCGCCGCCUUCCGUGUACCACCCGAGUUCCGGCGGUGGAGGUAACACGCCAGGAUCGAUAUGGAGCCCCGCCAUCACGGAGCCACCGUCGGGACUGGUGGAUUUGCACCAUCACAGCACUAGAUCGUCUCCAGUAGGCUCCAGCGGAGGCUACUCGACCAACGGCAGUACAGGUGGCAAUUGCUAUUCAUCUCAUCAUCACCAUCACCAACCGCAUCAUCACCAUCCGCAUCACCAUCACGCGGCGGCUCAUCAUCACCAGAACUACGGCGGUUACUAUUCGAACAUGGACUAUCUGGCGCCACCGCCGACAAUGUCGUCGCAUCAAACAGCCGAAAAUGGUUCGGAGUCGGCUUGGGUGAAGCGCGAGGACGCAUCGUCGUGGUUUUAUAACUCGGCGGGCUGGGAGCGCAAGUAAACAACUGGAGGCCGGAGCCGUCGCACGCCGCCACUUAUGUCUUUCCGCGACGUGGCUGCCGUCAGUCGUGGGUGGAGAUGUACCUUUUAGCGCGGUGGCCUAUACAUAUAUAUAUAUAUAUAUAUAUAUAAUAAUUUCUUGUAAAUACAUUAUCAUAUUCGCGCCGAUGCCGAAGACGACGCUGGCAAACACGCAAAAGCUGCCGGAAAACCAUACACAAAUAUACAUGAAUACCUACUAAAUAUGCCAACACAUCAAAUUAUUUCGACUCGCGUACGCACGUCAGACGUCUGUAGAAUAUUAUGAUAUAGUAUAUAAUAAUAUUUUAUUCUAUGUGUCCGCACCGCCGUGCGUGCGUUUACUGCAUCGGUCCGCAGAUCCAUAUAUUGACGAUCAGAAGUAAAAUCAAACGAAGUGACGACGAGAACAACUCUGAUUCAGUAUAUUAUAUUAAUUAUUAAUAUGUUAUCAUAAAGUAUGUGUGUGUAACCGGUAACGCGUAUAAAUAUGACGUAAAUCGUUGACGUAGCGCAGUGAAACCUCUCUCACAUUAAAUUAAUAAAAUUGUUUUAAUUUUUUCACCAUUUGGUCUCCCGUGAAUAAACGCAUAUGGAUAAAAAUAUUGUAACGUUUUAGGAAACGAUUUCCAAGUACGCGUCUGCCUCCAAAGAACAAUUUUAAAUUUGCUAAAUUAAGACUUUAUAUUAUAUUAAAAAUGUUUUGACAUACACAUACAUAGAUUUCGUAUAUACGUUAACUCAUUCAGGGAUUGAGUGUACAGAGAAGUCCAUUACCUUUUUAUUUUUUCAGAGGUUUCACUGCGCUUAUGAUAUAGUAAUGCGAAUGUCGUGUGUAUAAUAUAAAUCUUCAGUGAUCUCGUUUAACUUGUUAAUUUUCGAUACAAACCGUUAUUGUAUUUGCUACAAAACCUUUUCUUACAUACGCGUGGGUGAUUCGUUAACUUUCACGAGUCAUGUUAAUCGGCCGAUCGAAUAAUUUCGUGUAUCAUUGUAAUCACGUAGUCGAUCUAAAAUAUUCUACAAUAACCGAAUAAUCUGCAACUAAUGUUUAUUUGCAUUUGUAUACUGGUAAAUUCUGGACGGGUUCUGAAAUCACGAAAAUAACAAUAUUUAUCCACUAGAAGAGCACGUAACUCCAAUGUAACAGUAAUAAAAACCGUUAUAUCAACGAAUUUGUUAAAUUGUUGUUGCGUGUAUCGAUCAUAUUAUGUGAUAACAUGCCCAUACUGUACCAUAAAUAAGAAAUUUCUAUUUUGCUCGAUUAUUAGAUUUUUUCCAAUAGUUCGAUCGAUUAUUUAGGAACAAGCCGAUAACCGAUGAUUUAUUAUGAAAUUGCAUAAUCCCCCGGCACUAUACGCGACCACCCCUCGGCCACGCCCAUAAACCAUCGUAUGCAUUCGCGUACGACCGUAUAUUAUGUUAUUGUCGGACGUUAAACCGAACGCGAGAUGAUAUUGUACACACGCUAAUAUAAUAAUAUGACGAUACGACAAGGCAGGGGCGCGGUUUCAGAUUUUCAAUAGGGGUCCGAUCACUUAAUAAUAAGCGAACCACUUUUUUUUCCAUCGCCGGGGGAUUUGCAGUAUGAUAAAAAGGUUAAAAAGCAAGGCUAAUAAAAAAUCAUUGUCACAUCGUCACUAUGAUAAUCUCUAUGUGAUGUUAAAACCAUUUAUUAUUAAAAUUGACUUUUCAACAUUUGCACUUCUAUAUAGCUAGCAUAUAAUUUCCAUAAUUUUCGAGUGGGAAAAUAUUGAUAUAUGUAGUCGACACAUCAAUGAUGUUGCUCAACGAUUGUUUUGCAUAUCCGGGCUACAGGGAAAUUAAGUCACCCGAAAAUGACGUAUCGCUCCUAUAAUAUCGCCAUUAUUAUGGGGGCGGACUAUGUGGGAAAAGUGACUGGUUUUUCUACAAGGAUAUUUGGAGAAUUCAAACAACACGCGUUUUUUUGUUAUAAAAAUAAAUAAGAUAUAUGGCAUAUGUACAUUAUAUGGUUUAUAGUCGCUUAUACCUGCCCAGGCUCUUUUAAUGAUGAUUUUUCAAAUUCCUAGCUAAUAAUACGUCUCUUUUCACAGUUUUUUUUUUUUUCUGAGUGUUGUCAUAUCGAAUUUUAAAGAUCACAAAAAUUAAAAAACUGGAGUCCGCUCUACAAUCAUAUAUACAUGCAUAGAAUAGCGUAAUUGGGAAAAAAUCUAGGGGGAGCAAUAUAAUAUAUUUAUUAUUAUCAAAACCCUGAUAGCCCUCCCUCCCGGUAAAAAUAUAUACCUUUAUCCCUUAAAAAUUGUCAGGGGGCAAAUGUCCCCCUUUCCCCACACAAUUACGCCACUGCAUGCAUAGUAAGUGUAUUAACCAUAUUUUGAGAACAAAAAAGUUCUAAGAUUUUCGAUUUUUAAGAAUAUAUGAAUAUAUUUAUAUAUCAUAUUAUAGUAAAUUAGUCUAUAAUCUAUUUAUACAUCUUCUGAGAUGGCUUUUACAAUAUGGGGUUUUCAUCUUUACCGUUUAUAGCUUCUUUCAGUUAUUUCAAAUCUAGUUUUCAAAACAUUAAGAUGAUUAAACUGCCCAUAUAAAAUGUGUAUAAAAUAUACUGUU